CCUAGGUCCAGAUCUAUACUUAUUCUAUGUGAAAUUUGUUUUUACUCAGCUCUUUUUAUUCGUUCCGAGAAGACUUUCAUGAACCUAUCCAAGCCUUCGCCUAGUUAGAGGAUAUUGGCUUCCCAGCGAUGUAUGGUUUCUACCCAUCGCUGGGUGUCGGCUAUGGACUGCAACGAGGCCCGGGCGGGAGCGGGGGCAGGGGCACGACUUCGUCCGACGCCGAAUUAGUCUCUGGACUUCUUCUUGAAGGUGGUGUCAGCGAUGACCCACAGCUUCGUCAUCUUCGUGCUUGGCCCGACAAUGUGGAUGUCAGCGGAGACGAUGAGGUCCAUGACGAGGAAGGCGUAUGGCAAGCUCUGCUUGGUGGCAAUGGAGGCGCAAUCCGCCAUGUGAAUCAUGACGAAUUUCGCCCAGUUGAUGGAGGCGCCGUGCAUGAUGGCGUGAAUUGCCUUCAAGUCCUCGUUGAAGAGCGAGGUGUGGCUGCUAUCCCGGGGGCGAAGAAUUCGGGUGAUGAGGUAGAGAAGGAGGCGCUUGUUUGGUGGGGCCGAGUGGAUCGUCGGCGCGCCGCUGUGGCGGAUCAAGUUGGUGAUCCCAAGCUCGCGAAUGACGACCGCCUCGUUGUUGAGGAUUCAAUCGUCGCCACCGUACAUCGCGAUGUCGUCACCGCGGAUGGGCAACCCUACGAUCCGUGCAAAUGUCGGCAAGUCAAUCUCUAUGUCGUAGAGAUUCAUGCUGCUAUAGAUGGUGUCCCCGUCACGGCGCAGAUUUGAAUAGAAGGCCCGGACAUAGGCGGGAUUGUAGGAGGUGGGGCUUGUGGGGACGAAGGGCCACAAACCCGACUCUUUGAGUUAAUU